GACCCGCACGGUCACCGCGGGGACUUCCUCCCUGCUGCUGCUGCUGCACGCCGAGACAAUCUUGCUGUUGCUGGGUCGAUGAUGGCGGGGCUGCUGCUUCGGUUGCUGCCGCUGGUGCUCCUCUCUCCGGAGCCCGGAGCAGCCGUGUGGCCCCAGCCGCAGUCGCUCAGCCUGGAUGCGGAGGGCGGCUGCCGCCUGAGCGCCUCGCGCUUCCGCUUCGGCUACGCGAACUCCUCGGCGGUGGGUCCUGGCUGCGCGGUGCUGGAUGAGGCGUUCCAGCGGUACUGGGAGCUGCUCUUCCAUUCCCGCCGCCGGGAUGCAGGGAAUGGCCACUCUGAGGAUCCGCUGUGCACGGAACUGUUUGUCUCUGUCGCCGAGCAAGGAUGUGAUGGCUAUCCUUCCAUGGAUUCCUCUGAGAAUUAUAAGCUGACCGUUUCAGCCGAGCAAAUGCUGCUCACAGCGGAUACUGUCUGGGGAUCUCUCAGAGGGCUGGAGACCUUCAGCCAGCUUGCCUGGAGAGGAGAUGAUGGGACGUUCUACCUCAACAAGACGACGGUUGUCGACUUCCCCCGCUUUCGUCACCGGGGUCUGCUGCUUGACACAUCUCGCCAUUACCUGCCUUUGAAAGCUAUUCUGGAGACGCUGGAUGUCAUGGCGUACAACAAACUCAACGUGUUUCACUGGCACAUUGUGGAUGACCCGUCCUUUCCGUACGAGAGCAUGGUCUUUCCGGAUCUCAGUUGGAAGGGAGCGUACAACCCCGUCACCCACGUGUACACUGCUAGUGAUGUGAAGACGGUAAUUGAGCAUGCCCGACUGCGUGGGAUCAGGGUGAUUUCGGAAUUUGACACUCCUGGCCAUACCCACUCUUGGGGAGCUGGUCUCCCAGGGUUGUUGACUCCCUGCUAUGCAGGUCUGAAGCCCUCUGGAGUCUAUGGACCAGUCAAUCCCAUCCUCAACACAACGUACCAGGUCAUGGCCAAGCUUUUUGAAGAAGUUAGUGCUGUAUUCCCAGACUUCUACAUUCACCUUGGAGGCGAUGAAGUUGACUUCACGUGCUGGAAAUCUAAUCCUGAGAUCCAGACUUUCAUGCAGAAGAUGGGAUUUGGCCAAGACUUCACCAAGCUGGAGUCCUUCUACAUCCAGAAGCUACUGGAUAUAGUCUCUUCGUACAACAAGGGCUACGUGGUGUGGCAGGAAGUCUUCGAUAACGCAGUGAAGGUGAGGCCAGAUACUAUCGUCCAUGUGUGGAAAUUGAGCGCCGGCGCAUACCCAAAAGAAAUGGCUCAAGUCACCAAGGCCGGUUACCGAGUCCUGCUUUCGGCUCCUUGGUACCUUAACUACAUCUCUUACGGGCAGGAUUGGAUAGCAGCUUAUCGGGUGGAACCUCUGGCCUUUGAAGGCAGCCCAGAACAGAAAGCUCUGGUGAUCGGUGGGGAGGCCUGUAUGUGGGGUGAAUACGUGGAUGCGACAAACUUGUCCCCAAGACUCUGGCCUCGGGCUGGCGCUGUAGCGGAGAGAUUGUGGAGCAACCAGACGGUCAGAAGCCUGGCAGAUGCGUACAUGAGGCUGGCAGAUUUCCGAUGCAUGCUGCUCACGCGAGGGAUCCGGGCAGAGCCCCUUUUCACCGGCCACUGUGACUAUGAAUUCAAUGCACUUUGACUUGUGCAUCCGGCUCCUCUUUGGUUCCACAUACCUGGAUCGCUUUUGCAUGUCCCGGAGAGUAGUAGUGAUUUCCCCCCCACAAAUGAACAUUUCAGGGAUGCACAAAUGCAAAAUCAAUCAAUUGUUGCUUUGGGGGUUUUAAAGAAUACUUUUAAUAAAAACUCAGUCCAGUGCAUUCAGCUGGAGAAGAUGCUUCGCUUCUCUGAUUUUAUAUUUUUUGUAAGUGCCAAAGAGGUUAUAUAAAGGGAUCAAGAGAGACACCAGUCACCCUACAAUUAUCUCUUGUUGGAAGAUUCCUAAUAAUUUUUUUUCUGGAAGCCUCAUGUGCUAUCUGUAAUCAUGGCCCAGAACCUGCAAUAAGAAAUACCAUUCUCUUACAAAUGUUAGUGGUUGCAUUGUGCAGGGGUAGUCCUUUCAUAAGGCGAGGUGAAGCUGUUGCCUCAGGUGGCAAAUUAUUGAGGCACCAGCAGGAUGGCAAAAUCCCCACCACCAUCACCAUCAGAGCAGUUCUUUGGGACCAAUCAUCUGACCCUUCAAAACUUCACAACGCUUUGCAAAGCCUGCAAGAAGCACAAGGAGGGAAGAGGAGGCUGCGAGCCACCUCCCUCCCCCUGCCACUUUUUAAGCUCAUAAGGGUCAGUUGUGAAAGAGCGUUGGUCCCAGUGUUCCCUCUAACAGGAAUUCUCAGAUGUUGCGGACUACAACUCCCCGAAUCCCCAGCUGCAGUGGCUUUUACUUGGGGAUUCUGGUAGUUGUAGUUGACAAAAUCUGAGGAUCCCUGUUAGAGGGAACACUGGUUGGUCCCCACAAGAAUUGUGGGGCAAGGCAGUAAUUUCCGUCUUGCCUCAGGCACCACCAUACCUUGGGUUGCCCCUGCUCAACCACACCCGUUCCCAGAUGUUUCCAGUCCCAAUUUCACUGAAAAGUGUGGGUGGUGUUGGGUUUGGUUCCCUGAGAGGUGGCCUUCUGGUAGGAAGCAUGAAUUGUCCCCUUUGCUAAGCAGGGCCUGCCCUGGUUUGCAUUUGAAUGGGAGACUACAUGUGAGCACUGUAAGAUAUUUCCCAUAGGGGAUGGGAAUAGCACUUGCAUGCAGAAGGUUCCAAACUCCCUUCCUGCUGUCUCCAAGAUAGGCUGAGAGAGACUCCUGCCUGCAACCCUAGAGAAGUUGCUGCCAGUCAGAAGAUAUUGAGAUGGAUCAAGGGUCUGUCUUGGUAUAAGGUAGCUUUCCAUGUCCCUGUCUUCUUCCCUGCCAUGAGCCUUUUGGAAAAGGUAGAUUGACACCCUUAGCCAUCAGCUCAGCCACUGGAGUCUAGCUGCUACUCCUUCUCCUCAUCUUUCUGGAGAGAAGAACCAGGAGCGUGGACAGUUCAACAAAAGGGUUGCUUCUGGAUGUUGGCAUCUUUACCAUCUUCCACUUUCCUGUGUCCUUCUGCCCUUUACCUCUGCCUUUUGGAAUUCCUUGUCCUGUGCCUCACCCACAAUGGUGACUGAUUCACAAAAAUGUGUUUGGGUAUACCUGCCCAGACAUCCAGGAGUACGUAGCUUUAAAUGAUAACCACUGAUGAUAAGAAAGCAUUCCUCCCAGGUUGCCUGGAGACCAAAUUAUAAAGAGAGAUUCAAAAUAUGUGUUUUGGUGGCAGAACUGCUUUAGCUAGAGUGAGAAAUGACAAGUGAUGUUUUAAAUCAGAUCUGGCAGAGAUUCUCAAACUUGGGUCCCAGAUAUAGUUGGGCUACAAUGUCCCCAGCUGCAUUGUGGCUGGGCAUUGCAGCCCAACAACAUCUGUGGAUCCAGGUGCGAGAACCUCUGACUUACGGAAAGAGGUACCCAAUAUGUUGAUGUAUCUUCUCAAACGCUGCCUUUUCUGUACUGCUUUUACAAAGUGGUGACUCCAAUACAAUCUUGUGCCUUGAGGGCCAUCUGUGUGGAAUGGCAGGAUGUUCAUGAUUUAAAUAAAUGGAUACAUAAGAUUUUCAAAUGA